UAGAAGUCGUUCUUUCGUAUUCUGGGUUCAAGGAAAGACUCCAUGAAAGUGAGAGAGAAUUGCAUCGUAACAAAAGCUCUUGAAAGCAUUGUGUUUUUCUGGUUUGGCUUUGCUUGUUAUCUGGAAUAUCAACCAACCAAGUGAGGAAACAGAAAAAGAAAAUGGAACUUUGCAUACAGGGCUGUAUUGUCUCAACUACUAAUUGGAGCAUAACAUGACUCAUGAGCACAUCAGUUUAGUUAAAAUUCAAUGCAGACUGCAGUUGCCAGCAAAGUGAUGAGGGUUCUUCCCCUUUGUGGUUGAAAAUUGAAAUUUGGCCAGUCAGAGCUGAGGGUCUAUCUUCUCUCAUACAGAGAUGGCGAAGGAUAUUGUUGUUAGUGCGUCCUUGGUUCCAGUGUCUGAAUUACUCUCUGAGACAUUCCUUGCCAUGUCUGAUACUAUACAUGCAGCCAAGGAAGUCCUCAUUCAGAAAGAAAAUUUCAAAGUAUUCUCAAGGUACUUGGAGAAGACCUCUUCUAUUUUGAAAGAGUUGUCAAAGCAAAACAUUGAGUGUUCAGAAAGCUUAACCAAUGCUCUGAAGAUUCUCAACCGAGAGGUUGAUGUUGCUAAGCAGCUAGCUCUAGAUUGCGGCAAAAGAAAUAAAGUUUAUCUCUUAAUCAAUUGCCGGAAGAUUGUUGAGUCCCUAGAGAGCUGUACAAAAGAGAUUGGCAGAGCUCUUAGUCUAAUCCCACUGGCAUCUUUGGAUGUUUCAUCUGGUAUAAAUAGCCAGAUUAGCAAGCUGUUCAAGAAUAUGUUGGAUGGCGAAUAUCGAGCAACUGUGGAAGAGGAGGAGAUUUUGGCAAAAUUUGAGCUAGGAAUACAAGAGCAGAAUGCUGAUCGAUCCUAUGCAAACAAUUUGCUUGUUCAUAUUGCUGAGGCUCUUGGGAUCUCUAAUGACCAGUCUGCAUGGGAAAAGGAGUUUGAGGAGUUCAAACGCGAAUUAGACGAUACCAAUACCAGAAAAGACCUGGAAGAAAAUUUGCAUAUGGAACAGAUAAUAGCAUUGCUUCAGAAGGCUAAUGCCACUACAUCUGCUGAGGACAAAGAGAAUGAUUAUUUUGAAAAGAGAAAUUCUGUGGGUAGGCUACCAUUAGAACCUUUUGACCGAUUUUUUUGUCCCGUCACUCGUGAGAUCAUGGUGGAUCCUGUGGAAAUUUCCUCUCAUUGCACAUUUGAGAGAAGUGUGAUAGAGAAGUGGUUUGCAGAAGGUAAGAAUCACUGUCCUGUGACUGAUAUUCCCUUGGACACUUCAGUUCUACUUCCCAACAAAGCACUAAAGCGAUCAAUUGAAGAAUGGAAAGAUAGGAAGACCAUCUUUAUGAUUACCUCUAUUAAACCCAAACUUCAGUCAAAUGAAGAGCAAGAAGUGCUUCAAUCGUUAGACAAGCUACAGAAUCUGUGCACGGAAAGAGAGUUGCACCGAGAAUGGGUGACACUGGAGGACUACAUUCCUGUCCUUGUUAGACUUCUUCUUUCAAAAAACCGAGAAAUAAGAAAGCAUGCUCUUGCCAUCCUCUCAAUCCUUGCAAAAGAUGGUGAAGAAACUAAGGGAAGAAUCAUAAAAGUGGAUAAUGCACUGGAAUCCAUUGUCCACUCACUUGCACGCCAUAUUGGGGAAAGAAAGUUAGCAUUACAGUUGUUACUGGAACUAUCUAAAAGUAGGGCUGCACGAGAUUUAAUGGGAAAUGUUCAGGGAUGCAUACUUCUCCUAGUAACAAUGUUAAGUAAUGAAGAUAAUGAAGUCAUCAGAGAUGCGAACGUGCUUCUAGAAAAUCUGUCUUUCGUUGAUCAGAAUGUUAUACAUAUGGCGAAAGCGAAUUAUUUUAAACCUCUGUUGAAACUUCUUUCUUCAGGACCACAAGAUGUUAAAGUGCUUAUGGCUGGAACUUUGUCGGAAAUUGAACUGACUGAUCACAACAAACUGUCCAUAGUUAAAGAUGGGGCACUAGGACCGCUUCUUCAACUGCUUUCACAUAGUGAUUUAGAAAAGAGGAAAGUGGGUGUCAAAGCUCUUCUUCACCUCUCCAAAUUAUCACAAAAUGGCCUGCAGAUGAUUAGAGAAGGCGCAGUUGGACCACUAUUUGAACUUCUGUAUUGUCAUAGUUUAUUAUCACCAACCUUGCGUGAACAGGUAGCUGAGACAAUUAUGCACCUUGCCAUAUCGACCACCACUGAAGAAGCCGCUCGGGAGCAGGUCUCUUUGUUAGACUCCGAAGAAGAAAUUUUUAAGCUCUUUUCCCUAAUAUCUUUAACAGGACCUGACAUACAAAGAAGCAUUCUCAAAACCUUCCAUGCAAUGUGCCAAUCUUCUUCUGGUUCAGACAUCAGACGAAAGUUGAGACAGCUCUCUGCUGUCCAAGUAUUAGUUCAGUUAUGUGAGGCUGAUAACCCUGCUGUUAGGGCAAACGCCAUGAAGUUGUUCUUUUGCUUGACAGAAGACGGCGGUGAUGACACCACAUUUUUGGAGCAUGUAAGUCAAAGGUGCAUUGAGGCGCUGCUAAGGAUUAUAACAAGUUCCACUGAUGUGGGGGAAAUAGCUGCUGCAAUGGGUAUUAUUGCUAAUCUUCCCAAGGACCCAGAUAUGACCGGGUGUCUUCUGGAUGCUGAGGCACUUCAAAUCAUCUGCAGUUGUCUAAGUGAUGGGAAUAGAGAUGCGUCGUAUCGAAGGCAGGUAAUAGAGAAUGCUGUUGGAGCUCUAUGCCGUUUCACGGUUCCAACAAAUCAGGAAUGGCAGAGAAAAGUAGCUGAAGCUGGUAUUAUCCCAGUGCUGGUGCAGCUACUGGCUUCUGGAACUCCUUUGACAAAACAAAAUGCUGCUAUUUCACUUAAACAACUAUCACAAAGUUCCAAAAGCUUGAGCAAGCCAAUAAAGAAGCCUGGGUUUUGCCUGUGCUGCUUGUCUGCACCUGAAUCUGGCUGCCCUGCACACCUAGGCAUUUGCACAGUUGAAUCUUCAUUCUGCAUGGUAAAGGCCAACGCUCUGGAGCCCCUUGUGAGAUUGCUUGGGGAGGCAGAUGUUGGAGCCUGCGAAGCUUCUCUUGAUGCACUUUUGACACUCAUUGAUGACCAAGAACAAGGGCAAGGAGGCAAGGUGCUUGAUGAAGCAAAGGCCGUUGGUCCGAUUGUAAAGUUGCUUAGUUCACAAUCUGCUAGGUUGCAAGGAAAAUCUCUCAUGGCUUUAGAAAGGAUUUUUCAAGUAAAUGAGUUGUUUCUUAAAUAUGGAGCUUCAGCCCACAUGGCAUUGGUGGACAUUACUCAGAAGAAAAAUAGUGACAUGAAAUCUCUGGCUGCCAAGCUACUUGCUCAGUUGGGUGUGCUUGGUACACAGUCUUCUUAUUUUUGAUUGAUGAUGUUAUACAACAUGUUAAACUUGUUACUCGCUGUAAUGUAAAUCUCAUUCUUGAUUGAUCCCUAAAGUGUGUUAUUAAAUUCAUGGUCCCAUAAUGUAAUUUGGUUACUCUGAAUAUUAUGUCGUAUAUUCCAACUAAACUAAGA